ACGAAAGAUAGCAACAGAGUGCUUACUUGGUCAGUGUGAUAUCAUAGUAAUAACAAUUUUGUAAUUAUAACAUUAAUUUGCAGACUUAUGACGUGCUAUUAAAUUGUCUUAUGUAAUUUUAUUAAAUGUUUUAGAAAAUUUUUAAUUUAUUUUGUAUUACGGAUGUAAUAUGACAGUGUUACAGUAGAUCAUUAUAUGCCUAUAACAUGGGCAAUUCAGCAAGUUUGAAAAAUCAUGUUGAAACAUCUAAGAAAACAGGUGUGUUAAAUCUAUCUGAUAGUCACCUUAAACAAUACCCAGAAACUAUAGAUGUAUUGCAUCCGUAUUUAAGAACUCUAGAUUUAUCAAAGAAUAAAUUUAAAUCAUUGCCAAAAACAGUAGGUCAAUUCAAAGAAUUAAAAGUGUUGAAUAUAAGCAAUAAUUCAUUAGAAACUUUACCAGAUGAAAUAAAUAACCUGUUAAAAUUAGAGACACUUCAAUUAAGUUGUAAUCUGCUUAAAACAAUACCAAUACUUAAUAAUCUUUCAAAUUUAAAACGUGUGUCAAUUGGAGAUAAUCAAUUAAGCAUAUUUCCAGAAUUUUUAUGUCAAUUAAAACACUUAGAAACAUUAGAUUUAUCUAAAAACAAAAUUACUCAAGUACCUGAGUGCAUAAAAGAAUCAAGAUUAGUAGAACUUAAUAUAAAUCAGAACCAAAUAAGAAAAUUACCUGUUGCUCUUGCAGAAUGUACAAGAUUAAAAACAUUACGAAUAGAAGAAAAUUGUUUAGAACUAGUUGACAUUCCUAGAGAGGUAUUAAAAUCAUCUAAAAUUUCAUUAUUAUGUGCAGAAGGUAAUUUAUUUGACAUGAAGUCAUUAAUGGGUAUAGAAGAAUAUGGAAUUUAUAUGGCACGAUAUACUGAAGUAAAAAAAAAAAUGUUUUAAAUUUAAUUUUUGUAAUUUCUUACAUAAAUUAUUUUUUGUAAAUUUUUUAUUUUAUUUAGAAGUUAUAACACUAGUCUAUUGGAAUCCCUAAUUAAUUAAAUGUUUAUAGUAGGUUUGGUUCAUUAUUGUUAUUCAGAAUUUUGUAUUACCUGAAGUUUAAUUAUUAUUGUGUUUAAAGGUUACAUACUAUUUAUUUAUACAAUUUUAUGUUUAUUUACAACAUAUUUAUUA